GCUUCCUGGUUGUAGCCGUCAAACACAAGCUCCAGUUUGGAUAACAACCGAUGUCCUCACUGUCGCCGCCCUGAAUCGCCCAGAGCGAGUUUUAAUCAGCCUCAAAACAAGAAAUCCUGGACCAUGGCGUUCAGGAGGGCUCUGAAACGGACGGCAAUCAUAGGCGGAGGGGCAGUAGCCACGGUGUUUGGCCUGUCACAGCUGAUUGAAUACAAGAAGACGCAGGCUCGGUUAGCCCACGUGGCAGCAGAAGCAGAGCUGAAGGUUCCCUAUGCGGAUGAGCUUCCCUCUCGGCAGGCCCAGCUCACGAGGCUCCAAAACACAGAGGAGUUUGAUGUUCUAAUUGUAGGAGGAGGUGCCACUGGUGCAGGAUGUGCCUUAGACGCUGUCACACGCAACCUCAAGACUGCUGUCGUAGAGAGAAGUGAUUUCUCUUCAGGUACAAGCAGUCGGAGUACCAAGCUAAUCCAUGGUGGGGUGCGAUACCUCCAAAAGGCCAUCAUGCAGUUAGACUACGAACAGUACAUGAUGGUGAAAGAGGCCCUGCACGAGCGAGCCAACCUCCUGGAGAUUGCACCUCAUCUAUCUGCGCCGCUACCCAUCAUGCUUCCUGUUUACAAAUGGUGGCAGUUGCCUUACUACUGGGCAGGGAUAAAGAUGUACGACCUGGUGGCUGGGAUCGAGAAUCUGAAGAGCAGCUAUGUCCUCAGUAAGACCAAGGCUUUGGAGCUUUUCCCCAUGCUGAAAAAGGACAAACUGGUAGGGGCCAUCGUCUACUAUGACGGGCAGCACAAUGACGCACGCAUGAACCUGGCCAUCACCCUCACUUCCGCCCGCUACGGCGCCACCGUCGCCAACUACACCGAGGUGGUCCGCCUGCUGAAGACAAAGGACCCACAGACCAACAAAGAGAAGGUUUGUGGCGCCCGCUGCAGGGACGUCCUCACAGGACAGGAAUUUGAUGUGAAGGCCAAGUGUGUGAUCAACGCCACCGGACCGUUCACAGACUCACUAAGGAAGAUGGACAACCAGGAAACCCAAAACAUCUGCCAACCCAGCGCUGGUGUUCACAUCGUCAUCCCUGGUUACUACAGUCCUGACAACAUGGGUCUGCUCGACCCAGCGACAAGUGACGGACGUGUCAUCUUCUUCCUGCCCUGGGAAAAGAUGACCAUUGCUGGGACGACCGACUCACCCACCAGCGUGACGGCCCACCCAAUCCCAGGGGAGGACGACAUCAACUUCAUCCUGAGGGAGGUCCGCAACUACCUCAGUCCUGACGUAGAAGUGCGCCGAGGAGAUGUGUUGGCGGCAUGGAGUGGCAUCCGUCCCCUGGUGACCGACCCCAGCUCUAAAGACACUCAGUCCAUCUGCAGAAACCACAUUGUCAGCAUCAGUGACAGCGGACUGGUCACCAUCGCUGGUGGGAAGUGGACGACCUACAGGGCCAUGGCUGAAGAGACUCUGGACGCAGCAGUCAAAUCCCACGGCCUCUUAGCUGAGCCCUGCAAGACUGUGGGUCUGAUGCUGGAGGGAGGCAAGGGCUGGACGCCUACCCUCUACAUCCGCCUGGUGCAGGACUACGGACUGGAGAAUGAGGUCGCUCAGCACCUGGCCUCGACGUAUGGAGGAAAGGCUUACGAUGUGGCCAAGAUGGCCCAGGUCACUGGGCAAAGAUGGCCAAUAGUGGGGAAAAGAUUGGUGUCUGAGUUUCCUUACAUCGAGAGUGAGGUGCUGUAUGCGAUCAAGGAAUACGCCUGCACGGCCACUGACGUUAUUGCCCGACGAACACGCCUGGGCUUCUUGAACGUGCAGGCGGCUGAUGAAGCCCUCCCACGCAUCGUAGAAAUCAUGGGGAAAGAGCUAGGCUGGAGUGAGGAGCACAAGACGGCAGAGCUUGAAGCAGCCAGGAAGUUUCUGUACCAUGAGAUGGGCUACAGGUCACGCUCUGAACAGCUGACCAAGACAUCUGAGAUCAACCUGGACAACCAGGAGAUAGCCAGGUACAAGAAACGUUUCCACAACUUUGACAAAGAAAGCAAAGGAUUCAUCACCACUGUCGAUGUCCAGCAAGUUUUAGAAAGCAUCAAUGUCCAAAUUGAUGAAAAUGCGCUCCAUGAAAUCCUUAAUGAGGUGGAUCUCAACAAGAACGGACAAGUGGAAAUUGAUGAAUUCAUGCAGCUGAUGAGUGCGGUGAAGAAGGGACAAGUGUCGGACAGCCGCCUGGCCAUGCUGAUGAAAACGGCAGAGGAGACUCUGAAUAAAAGAGGGCCGGUGACGGUGGACCGGAGCGGGGGUGGAGUCUGAGCCCAAGGGUGCCAAGAAAAAAUUCAGCUACUGGUUCUUUUUAAAAGUGGUGAUGACAAAAGGGUUCUCAUGCAAAUGGUGUUAUUUGAAUGACAAUAAUGCAAUCAAGCACACGGCAGGGUGAAUUUGGCCAAAUCAAGCCUCACUCCUGAAUGUGUUUUGAGGGAAAUAGUAUCUAAUGAAUGAGGCUGAGGUUUGUUUUCCAUGAGGGUAGAUCUGUCUGUUUUCUUAACAUCUGGUGCCUCUGAUAUUACACAGCACAUCUGUUUUAUACUGUCUUUUAAACUUUGAUAUUUUAAUCAUGACCAUUAUCUUUGUACUUCUCCAACACUCCUUUUUAAACUCAAUUUUUUUUAAAUAGUAUGGACACUGAUUGUUGGUUAAACACUGUCCUCAAUGCAAUGCAGCUUUUUCAUGUGGCAACUGAGCAUUUGUUUAUGCUUUAUUUUAUGGGUCUGCUAUCAUUUAUCGAAAUAAUGCCCUGGAAAUAAUUUGUAACCUGGUGCCAAUUAUAGGGAAAAUAGAGAUGGUGUUCAUAAAUGUUUACAGGCAUGCAACUUAAUAUAAAUGAAGAAUAAAGCUUCCAUAAUUUAAUGAUAAAUAAAUAUUACCAUGACUGAAAUUGACCCUAUUUUACCUGUAAUAAGUAACAAGUAACUAGUUAUUUCCAGGAAACUUCCAAAAAAGUAACAGUGGACCCCUAAUACAAAGUCGCACCGAGCAUGUAAAUGUGAUCAAAGCACGUUACAAGCACUGGUCAGUUAAUAUUCAAUGGGUUUUAAAGCACUCUGAGAUGUUUCUGAAGUACUUCUACUCCUGCUGACCUGAAAUAAGUGUGGGAGGAAUCUUACAUGUUCAUGCCUACUGUGUUUUUCCAUUUAGUGCACUACCAGCAAACAGCUACACUAUGGAAGCCCAUUUCUGCCAGUGUGAUGACAAAAAAGAGUUAUUAUAACAAAAAAAUCUGAAAGUUUCUCAAAGUAAUGAGUUAGUAUAAAUUAAUUAAUAUUUCAAGCAGGUGGAGUUAGUAUCUCAUGUAAUUGAGAAAGUUUCUACAAAUCAUGACUCAGAAUCUUAAAAUAAUGAAAAACUUUUGCAAGAUAGUGAGACACUUUCUCAAACUAAUGAAAUAAUACCUUGAAAUAAUGAGAAACGUUAUGAAAAUAAUGAUUAGAUAUUUUUUAAAAAACACAGAAAUUUCUCAAAAUAAAGAGUUAGUAUCUCAAAAAUAAGAAACCUUCUCUGAAUAAUCAGUUAGUAUCUCAGAAUAAUCAAAGUUUCUGAAAGUAGUGUAUUAGUAGCUCAGAGUAAUGGAUUACUGUCUGAAAAUAAUCACAAACUUUCUAAAAAUAAUGACCUAGUAUCUCCAAAUGAGAAACUUUUUUCAAGUUAGAAUCAGAAACUUUAUGAAAAUAAUGACUUAGUACCUCAAAAUGUGAAAUGUUCUCAAGUUAGCAUCACAAAUUAAUGAGAAACUGUCUCAAAAUAAUGAGAAACUUUCUGUAAAUAAUGACCUAGUAUCUUGAAAUUAAAGUUAGUCAAGUUAUUAUGUCAUGUAAAUGAGAUAAUGAGACAAAUAAUGACUUAGUAUGUCAAAAAUAAUAAGAAUCUUUCUUAAGAAGGAUGAGUAUAUCAAAAUGGAAAUGGAUUUUCCAAAAUCAUGACUUUAUAUUUCAUAAUAAGAAAUUGAAAUUACUUUUCUAUCUCAAAAUAAUGAUUUAUUAUAUUUUGAGAUAUUAAAUGAUUAUUUUGAGAAAACUGAAAUACUAAGCCAUUACUUGAGAAAUCUGUUAUUAUUUUUAAGAAAUGUAAGAUCUCAAAAAUGAUAUGAAACAACACUUAUUUUGAGGAAGUUUCUCAUAAUUACUUACAGAUUUUUUUUAUUUAUUUAUUUUAUUUUAUUUUUUGUCACACACGGAAAUGAGCUUCCAUAACUACCAGAACUGAAGUUUACAUUGCAAGGUUUUGAGCUUUAGUGUUUUUCUGAGACAGAUACUUUUUAAUCUUUUCUUUCCAUUCAUAUUUUUUAUUAUUUAUUUCCCAUGUCACUUCAGCAGUUUAUAGACACAACAUACAUUUACAGGGAUUUAAAUAAAUUGCAUGAGAAAUCAGGAUUUCAAAUACAUUUAUUUUUUUUGCAUGCUACAUGUUAACCAUUUCUCUCUAAUAAUGUAAAGCCUAAUCUUUAUUUUUACAAUGUAUUUGAAGUUCUUUUAUUUUUUUGUGCUUGUGGUUGAGAGCAGAGAGGAAGUGUAUAUAUAAUACUGCAUGCGUGUUAGCUGAUGUUGUUAUUGUUUAUGUGACACAAAUAGGACAUUUUUAAUCCAGCAAGGACGUCAUGUCGGAGCAUAUUGUACUUUUUUGUGAUUUUGAGCAAAGGAAAAGGCAGCACACUGUGUGAAUGUAUAUGUGCCUUGAUGUGCCUAAGAUAUGACCCUCUUUUUCACAAUGCCACACUCCAUGUUUAACAAACACAGGAAAUUAUGGUAAAGAAUGUAAAGAUAUUUAAUAAGUUGUUACAUAAAGAAUAGUAUAUAAAUUGUAUUGUAUGUUUUAUUUUAGAAUAUAGGUUUUGUUGGGAGGGGUUCCAUGUUGGAGAGGUUAACAACCAGAAUGUAACCCCGCUGAUAAUUUAGUAAUUUGACCUGUAUAAAUCAAAAGCUACUUGUAUUUUAUUGGGCUGGAUGUUGUUUACUUAUUUUAUGAUGAGAUAGUUCCUGUUUAAAAUCCAAAUGUUUUGAGUUUUAAUAGAAUUUUAUUCAGGUAAAGAUCAUGUACAGCUGCUUUUGUUUUGAUAUUUACCAUUCAAAGGCCCUGAAAACGUAUAUAGAACUAAAUGUUUUUGUUUUCACAGGUUUAUAGUUAGGUGGGACUCAUUUGGAAAAAAAGGUGAUGUCAUGUACUUCUAAUCACUAAUCAGGAUUGAGGGCUUUAAAGGGUAACUUCAAUAUUUUUCCACCUGGCUCCUUUUGUCCGACAUUUUUGUGUCUAAGUGACUGAUGGUGAUGAUUGUUGAAACUGGUCCAGUAUUGAGUGAGAGCGCUGCAGCUGGCAGCUGUGAAACAGGCUUCAAUGCACACACUCAGGGGAUUUGUUCACCCUCAGAGUGCGUCCACAAAAAGUGCUUGUUUUUGUCACUGACGGGUUCAGAUUGUUACUUUAAGUGUCUGACAACAUUACGGAGGAUUUUAGUGUGGACAGAGGUAGCAUAUUUUCACAUCCAAGUGGGUGAAUCGAGGUUUCAUUUAAACUAAACCAGAGUUGGGAAAUGUUGGAACAGUGGAUGAAGUGGACCAAGACAACUUUUGUGAGUUUUAUUUUGUGUCUGUUGACUUCGAAUGAAUGUGUUAUACGAGUAUAAAAUUACUGUUUAUUUAAAUGGAAUCUGGUGAGUUUGGCGAUGGCAAUUUGGGGCUGUUUUUGGUUAAACAAAAAGGAUCUUUGUCUUUAACCAAAAGGUCUAUCUCUGUAGGGAUCCUUUAGAUGAUUUUGUCAGACACUAAUAAAAACAAUCUGAGCCUGUCAGUGGCAAAAACAAACAUUUUUAGUGGAUGUAAAUUGACAGUGCACAACUGGCCUGAAUUGUUACAUCACAGGCUGUUUCACAGCUGCCAGCUGCAACACUCUCGCUUAAUACUGGACCAAUUUCAAAAGUCCUUGCGUCCCUUAUUCACUUAAACAUAAAGUCAAGGACAAAUUUCUCAAAGACCGUGUUCAAAUAGAUUCAAAUUAAGGAUGCACAACAAUAUCGGCAUGUCAUCAGAAUCGGCUCUUAUUUUGCACAAUAAAUGAAUAUUACAUACAUUGAAAACCAUUAUAUGCCAUCCGCUGGUGGGCCAUCACAAGAAAAGUAUGCAUGCAUACUGUGAUGUUAAUUCUGCGACAGAAGAGACUUGAUCAUCACUAAAAUUAGGUAGGGAAAAAAGUUGAUAUAUCGUUAUCAGUAUCGGUUAUUGGUUAAAUGAGUUGUUAUAUAUCGGCAUAUCGGAUAUUGGCAAAAAAUUCAGUAUCAUGCAUCCAUAAUUUUAACCCUUUGGCAAAAACAUUAAACCGUAACCUGUGCAACAAUUUGACCCCUCUGUGAGUAUUUCUGUUCUUUGGAGAAAGAUAAAAUAGUUCCUGUCUUAAAGUAUUGAGCAGUGUUUCAGCAUUUGAGAAGCUUUUAGACUGUUAGAUCUGUUGCUCAAACUUGGCUUCCUGGAUUGCAGUUUAUUUUGCUUAGUUCAAAGGCCAUCAAAAAAGUGAAAAUGACAAAAUUGUUGUAGUAGCCAUACCAGAGUUUUUGGUAAUUAAAAUCAGACAUCACAAUCAGUAUCAAUAAAUGAGGAAAAAAGGUACUCUAAAACUGCAUCUAAAACUAGUCCCAGAGUCGCAAUUAAUAUAAGUAUUUUAGUUAGGUCUGUUAGGAUCUCCUGCGUCUUUUUAAAAUGGUAAAUAAAAGUGAGAAGGUUUCAUUCCUCCAACAUGGCAGUAAGUCCAUCCUCACACCUCCUUUUUAUAAACCUCCUGUUGAAGGUUUUUUUUUUUAUUGUAAAAGAAGUGUCUGUGUGCUUCUUUAUUGCCUUCAUAUUAUGAUUUAUAUAGAUCACUACCUGCGAUUUAUCUAUAUGACCUUAUUUUAAUGCAGUAAACAGAAUCAUUCCAUAAUGUUUUCUCCCAUGUACCAUCACUGUAACUGUUACUGAAGUGUAUGUGUGUAUCAGUGUUUGGUCACAUGGGAGGUUCAGCUACAAUACCUCCACACUGAGGACCCUUCAAACUGCCAACAACCGCCCGUCAAGAAUAGCUCAUGGGCAGCACGACUUAAAUCCACAUCCCGAUGUUUGAUUGUCUUCUAUGGAUGAAAUUACAGCUUUAUCCAGGCUCAAAGAGAAUCAUAUUCCAUAUACUGCAAGAAUACUGUGAGCCAGUCUUCAGGUAAAAAAGCAAUUAUCUAAUUAAAUGUAUCUGGUUGCUUGCAAA